CUGGCGGCAUCGCAGGAAUACCAGGGCCUCGUCCGUCACUGUUGCCUCUGAUAUCUUUGAGAGUGAGCUGACUGGCGGUAUACUUUGAUCCCUUGUUCACGAGUGGAGUCCUUACAGCGGCCGCCUUUUGUUGCAAGUCAACCACAGCUUCCCGCUAGCGCCCGACGACGACGGCGCGCAUCUAUCAAAUAUUCUGUGAAUACAGUACAGCGAGAGCUUUCCACACACAUCCCGAUCUUCUAGGAAUCUCAAAUAGGAACAGAAUGCCGGCCAUAAACCCUCUCUUCAACCGAUCGGUCUUUUCCGCGGCGACUCGCGCCGCUAUUGGCCCUAUGAAGCCGAAUGCGCGGUCUCUCACAGUACCUGCCGUUAGCGCUCUGACAAAGGUCAACCCCUCUUUCGGUCGUGAGCAGCGGUCGCUAGGGCCUGUGAACUCGCCUGUCAGUCAGGCCACCAGAGGAGCUAAGACGACGACUAAGCAGAACAUCAUGCACCCUGAGACGUACGCUGUCACGUCGCGGUGGUUCGUGCCGCCAAAAACCCGUCAACUUGCACAGGCUGUCGAGAUUCCAUAUUACGAGGGCGAGGAUGUGAGCUUGGACACCUUCACAAUCAACUUUGGACCCCAGCACCCUGCCGCCCACGGAGUGUUGCGUCUGAUUCUUGAGCUGAAGGGAGAGAUAAUUGUUCGCGCCGACCCGCACAUUGGAUUGCUGCAUCGUGGAACAGAGAAGCUCAUUGAGUACAAAACGUACCUGCAAUCUUUGCCGUACUUUGACCGUCUUGACUAUGUGUCUAUGAUGACGAACGAACAGGCCUACUCUCUUGCCGUUGAAAAGCUCCUCAACAUCGAAAUCCCCGCUCGCGCCAAAUACAUCCGCACCCUCUUUGCCGAAAUCACCCGUAUUCUCAACCACAUCAUGGCUCUGACCACGCACGCCCUCGAUGUCGGUGCUCUGACCCCCUUCUUGUGGAUGUUCGAGGAGCGUGAGAAGCUCAUGGAGUUCUACGAGCGUGUGUCCGGAGCCCGUAUGCACGCCGCCUACGUCCGGCCAGGCGGUGUCGCCCUCGACAUGCCUAUUGGACUGAUGGACGAUAUCCACAAAUGGGCUGUGCAGUUCAACGCCCGUGUAGAUGAGCUGGAGGAGGCGCUCUCUAUCAACCGUGUAUGGAAGGGGCGUUUGAUCGAUAUCGGCAAAGUCACCGCCGAGCAGGCCAUCGAAUAUUCCUUCUCCGGAGUCAUGUUGCGCGGAUCCGGCAUCGCGUGGGACCUGCGUAAAGAGCAGCCAUACGACGCCUACGCCGACAUGGAGUUUGACAUUCCAAUUGGAACCAAUGGCGAUUGCUACGACCGGUUCUUGUGCCGUGUUGAAGAGAUGCGUCAAAGUUUGCGGAUCAUUUCGCAAUGUCUGGAGAAAAUGCCCCCGGGACCCGUCAAGGUGGAGGAUAACAAAAUCGCGCCUCCAUCUCGUGCGACGAUGAAGGAGAGUAUGGAGGCGUUGAUUCACCACUUCAAGCUGUACUCGGAGGGUUACUCUGUGCCGGCUGGAGAGACCUACACGGUCGUUGAAGCGCCAAAAGGUGAAUUCGGAGUGUACCUGGUCUCAGACGGGUCAAGUCGACCAUACAGGUGCCACAUCCGUGCACCUGGAUUCCCACAUUUGGCUGGUGUCGAUUUCAUCGGCAAGGGUCACUUCCUGGCUGAUGCUGUCACGAUCAUUGGAACUCUGGAUGUUGUGUUCGGUGAAAUCGAUCGUUAAGUGAUAGCAUCGCAGCAAACCCAAAUCAGAUACCAGACAUUCCUUCAUUGAUAUCAAAAAUGCACUCCAGCAUAGGCUGCUACGGUCUAUUUGCUACAGUGUCAUUUCACUUCGUGUUACAAAUUUUGUUUAUUUUCCCUCGUUUUUUUUUUUCCAAAAUUGCCA